GGUGUGGAGCAGGGUGUGUUUGGGACCGGGGUAAUAACGGGACUCCUCCAGCAGGCAGAUUGUUUAUCCUGGGAUAAAAUCAGUGCGGAUAAGAAAUAAAAGUUUUGAGUUUGUUGUGUUUGGGGAAACAGGUUAGUGUGUGAGAGUGUGUGUGAGUGUGUGUGUGUGAGUGUGAGUGUGUGUGUGUGUGUGAGGGCACUCGGGUGUUGUACACUGGGAUUUAUAAACACUUUGAGGUGUUCGAGCCUGUAAGAGUUCAGUGCUGUUUGGAGACAAUGGAGUCUCUCCGCCAUCAGCAGCGCCUCCAGCCCGGGGUGGGAUACGGAGCCACACUGAGAGCCGCGCUCAGGCCCGGAGUCACCGGAACCGGAACCGUGGCCAGCUCCGGGCCUCCGCCGCCGCUCCCUCCGCUCCACAGCCUCAGCGCCGGAUUCAUGAGCCACGCCGGACUCGGAGCCUCAGAACCGGCCACCAACCCCGCCGUGCUGCGGGAAGCGGUGGAUGCGGUGGUGCGGAGCUUCGCCAAGCACACGCAGGGAUACGGCAGGGUGAACGUGGUGGAGGCUCUGCAGGAGUUCUGGCAGAUGAAACAGUCUCGAGGAGCCGAGCUGAAGAACGGAGCGUUGGUGGUGUAUGAGAUGGUUCCUUCCAACAGUCCUCCAUACGUCUGCUACGUCAGUCUCCCCGGAGGCAGCUGCUUCGGAAGCUUCCAGUUUUGUCCGACGAAAGCCGAAGCGAGACGCAGCGCGGCCAAAAUCGCCUUAAUGAACUCCGUGUUUAACGAGCAUCCAUCACGCAGGAUCACGGACGAGUUCAUCGAGAAGAGUGUGUGUGAAGCUCUCGCCUCCUUCAACGGAAACAGAGAAGAAGCGGAUAAUCCCAACACGGGCAUCGGGGCGUUUCGCUUCAUGCUGGAGUCGAACAAAGGCAAAUCCAUGCUGGAGUUCCAGGAGCUGAUGACAGUUUUCCAGCUGCUGCACUGGAACGGAAGUCUUAAAGCCAUGAGAGAGAGACAGUGCUCCCGCCAGGAGGUGUUGGCGCAUUACUCCCACCGCGCUCUGGAUGAUGAUAUGAGGACGCAGAUGGCGGCGGAUUGGGUGAACCGUGAGCACGGCGUGUCGGGCAGCGUGGCGCGAGAGCUGGCGGCCACCGAGCGAGAGCUGGAGGAGGCGCGACUCGCCGGCCGAGAGUUACGCUUUUAUAAAGAAAAGAAGGACAUCUUGAUUAUGGCACUGGGGCAACUGGGCGGCUCGAACAGCACCACACUGCCCCUAACCUGCUGAAGAGACGGUAUACAGUGGUGACGGACCGCGUAAUGUCCACACACACACACACACACACACAUCAUAAGUGAUGUUUCUAGUACAUUUCCUAUCAAAGUUAAAUAUGGAGAUUGGAUCGAAUCUGACUAAUAAAACAAAAAACACCAGUAUUUAAGAAUGAAUUUCAAACACAAGGCCAAUAUUGUUCCUUAAAGUGUUUGUGAAGGGGUUUGUUGGUGCUACAUGAGUUUAUUUCACUAAUGAUAUCGCAUAGCCAUUAAAAACAAAAGUGCAAUCCAUCAUUUCCCAAAUAUCGCUUUUACACGCGUUAUAAUCACAGCAUACAUCUGUAAAAAAGAAAGAAAAAAAAAGAAAAGAAAAAGAAAGUAAGAAAGAAAGAAAGAAAAACCGUGUGAUUAUUUUUUUAAUCUGUUUAUUUGUGUUUGUUUCAUAUAUAUAUACCUGUAUGGAUGUUAUCACAUAUUACUCAUACGACUCGUGUAAAGGAUUUACUGUAGUGUAGCUCCAUUUUACUACAAUCAUUUCAGUCUGGAAAUACGCUUUAUACAGCGUUACUGAAUUUUAUACAAUACCAGCCAUUGUGUUUUAUACGACUGUUUUACUAUAAGACUGUUUGUGAUGAUUCAAUAUCCAGUUUUCUUUGUAGAUUUAUAUUCUUUAAAUAAUAAAGACAUUUUACAAUA